CGUAACCGAAGCCGUGCUCGUGCCCGAGAGUGAAAGAGCCAGCCUGUGUUUUCCUGACUCGCUCCUCGCAUUCCUGCAGAACCUGAUCCUGGGAGUGUGUGUGUGUGUGUGUGUGUGUGUCUCCUCCUCCUGAUCUCCUCUCAUUGUUCCCGCGCGCCGCGUCAGAUUCGCGUGUCAGCCGCGCCUGUGAGCGUCGGUCCCGCGCGCCGCGUCGCGAUCAUGCCGGAGAUGGAAACAGCGUCGCGCGCGUCGGAGAGCAAGCGCAGCAGGAAAACCGCGCGUCCCGUCCGGAGAGCCGUGAACGAGGAGAUGAAGAGUUUUGCUGAAAGCACCAUGAACGAGCUGUUGGGUUGGUACGGAUACGAUCAGGUGGACCUGCAGGAAUCAGACGCCUCUGAUGCCAGAAACCGUGUCAAACGCAAUCAUAUAUCUGUUCUUAAAGAGAACUCAGUGCCAAAUCCACAGGCCACAGAGAGGAAGGUGUCGUCCUCUUCCUCAGAGCUCGUGAGGAACGGAGAGAAAGAUCCUCUCUCGCCCUCUUCAUCAUCAUCAUCACACUCUUCCUCCCCGCGAGUGAAGGAGCAACACAGCAUGAACGUCAUCGUGCCGCUCAUCAAACCCUCCGCCGUGGAGGAUGUGCAGAGUGUGCAGAUCGUGUGUGUGUGGUGUCAGAAGGAGGGCAUGAAGCGCUACUCUCUGCUCAUGGGCUCCGAGCUCAAGAGCUUCUGCAGUGAGAAGUGUUUCGCUGCGUGUCGGCGCGCUUACUUCAAACGCAACAAGGCUCGUGAUGAGGAUCGUCAUGGCGACCAGUCUCCGCCCCCCGGGCAAACGCUGGACACGCCCACAAGACUUCUGCUGAAGAUGAACAACAACACGCGUGUGUGUGAUUGGUGUAAACACGUGCGUCACACUAAAGAAUAUUCGGGUGAGGAGCGACUGCAGUUCUGCAGCACCAAAUGUCUAAACCAGUACAAGAUGGACGUGUUCUACCGGGAGGCUCGUGCCGCGCUCACCAGCGCCAAAGACGAGGAGAACCGGCCCAAACCGGUCAUCGCGGAAAACCAGACACUUCUGACCCCGGAGGCUUGGGAUUCUCCGGCCAAAAUCCCCCCAACGGCACCGUCAUCAUCUUCAUCAUCAUCAUCACUGCGAACACCCGUCUCGAAGAUUCAAUCGCCGCCUUGUUUUACACUCGAGAAGCCACGCCCACCUCACAUGCCCCUCCCCUUUGUGCGCCCUCCCCUUCACGCACAGGCCUUGCGAAGCCCCGCCCCUCAUCCUGUUAGCCCCUCCCACAGGGCGUCGUUUGCUCCGCCUCCUUUCCUGCACCCAUACACACCUUUCCACCCGCCAUUCCCUCCUCAAAUGCCUUCGCCGUGGCCACAGCCCAUGAUGUUAAUGCCAUAUCCCGUCUUUGUGCCAAUCCCGAUUCCCAUUCCCAUUCCCAUCCCGAUUCCCCAUCAAACGCCCCACAUAGGAGUGAUUCGAAGCCUGCAGGACACUGAGUUUAGUAAGCGCACACCUGAUCCGUGUCACUCAGAGGAGAUUAGUGAAAAUAGAGUGAAGAUCGAACAAUGUGCUUCCCCUUUUCCCUCAGCAUCGGAGCGGCAAGUGAUCCGGUGUCUCCGGAGAAUCCCGGUGAAAGAGGAAGAUCACGACACUCACAUUCAAAUUAAAGCACUUUACACGCCCGUGGUGACAUCGACUUCUUCCGCGUCAUUGGACGGCGGAGUCGUUACUCCCGCCUCUUUGUACUCAUUGGCUCGUUCGACCGCCAUACAGGCCGCCUCGCUCUCAUUGGACGGCAGUAGCUCCGCCCAGAUUCCCUCUCCUCUCUCUGAUUGUGAAGAUGUGAAGGAGAACAGCUGUCUGGGUGGGCGGGCCAAUCAGCAGCAAGCAGACUGCCAGAGCGACCAAUCGAAAGAGAGCGUUGGGGACGAGGAAGCGAAUCAGUGUGUAGAGCACACGUACGCGCGGGCCGUGUGUGAGAAAAACACACGAACACAUUUACACACUCAAACACACACCUGUGAGUGCGAGAAGAACACACACGCAGAUGCACAAACACAUUUACACACUCACACACACACCUGGGAGAAGAACACACACACAGAUGCACCGGGAUCUGAGGAGAACGAUCCAGAGCCGCCCGUCAAGAGACGAUGCUUGAGAAUCAGAGAGCAGAACAAGUGAGGGAGUGUGUGUGCCGUGGUGAAAUGAUGGAGACGAGGGGUGUGUGUGAACUCACGUUUACUCUCUGAACGACACCACAGUGCCAGUAAAGCCGAACCAGACGCCCGGCGCAGAGGAUCAUGGAUGUCACAGAUCAACCGUGUGUGUGUGUGUGUGUGUGUGUGUGUGUGUUUGUGUGUGUGUGUGUGUGUGUGUGUGUGUGUGUGUGUGUGUGUGUGUGUGUGUGUGUGUGUUUGUGUGUGUGAAAGUCUCUGUGUAUUUUCCUGCUGAGCUCAUAUAAAGCCAGGCAUUGUUCCGUACUGCCAACCCAUAUGUGUAUGUGUGUGUGAGAGAGAGUGUGUGUGUGUGUGUGUGUUCAGCUGUGGUUUAGGAUUACCUGACAUACUGGCGCUUUUGGCUACAGGGCAUUUUUAGACUUCGCCUAAAGAGUGCCAACUGCGCACAAACACACACACACACACACACACACACACAUCGGUAUAUUCAGCUCCUAGGCGUUUAGUAAAACGUGUUUGCGGGAAUUAAAUAUGCAGGAAUAUCUGAGAAAUUCUUGCUUUUUAACCCUUGAUGGUUUAUUGAGUGCCUGUUAUGAGUUAUUGGCCAAAGUGAUGAAUGAUGAUGUUUGAUGCCGUUGCCAACAGACACUGAUUCAGAGUGAAGAAGCAGAAGGUUUCACAAUGUUCUUCAUGAUCUUAACAACUUAAAGAGGGCCUAUUAUGGGUCUUAUUGUUGUUGUUUCUCUACUAGAACAGGUUUUCCUGCUUGAAUGUUGAUUAUUUUCCUCAUAUUCUCCAUUGUUGCGGCUCCUCUCUUCCCAGUCUGUCAGUAACGCUCUGUUUACUUCCUGUCUCUAUGAAGCCCCUCCUUCUGAAAGCACACUGUGCUCUGAUUGGUCGGCUGGAGCAGUGUGUUGUGAUUGGUCGAGCGCUUUGAGUGUGUUUGGGAAAUGUCCCGCCCCUUUCCAUAACCACCAGUUUAACACACUACUAACUAACUCAACCAGGCCCCGCCCCUUUAUUCUGCGCAUUGAUUAUUAUAAUGAGGAAUAUUGUGAGGUGUUCGUUCCCGGGAGAAACUCAAGACU